AUGAGAGAGGAAGCUAUAGAAGCAAUUAGCUCCACAAAAAAAACUCAACUGCAAGAUCCACUAGCCAAAAAAAAAGGGAAAGAAAGAGAAGAAUUAGAAGGGUUUAGCAGUAUAGAAGCCAAAAGGAAAAAAGAAGACCAAGGCUUAAUAGGCAAAGAAGAAAGAAAGCCCAAAGUUAAUAGGGCCCUUGUACAAAGAACUAGUGGAAACACAGUAAAAUCAGCAAAGCACAGUAGUCAACCGCUUAUUGCUCUUAAGGGCACCAAAGACACAUUAAAUAAUCACUCUGGAUCUCAAAAGGGUAAAGAAAGAGAGCUACUAGGAGAAGGUCCAGAGAGAAGGCUCU